AUGGCCAGAGACGACGUUCCUCUGAGCCUCAUGCCUUCGCCUGCAAAGCAGCGCCAGGGGGUCGGACCCUCUCUGGGGACAAUUCUCCCCUUUUCCCCCCUGCGCUCACUCAUUUUUUACUAUUUCCUGUCAUGCGCUGCAGCAGCAGGUAGUUUACCUGGUAUAGAAUACGACUACGGAAUUAGUCCCAAAUUUGUUUGUACACCCAUUCCCCCAGAGGCCGAUCCUAGCUGCUAUUCACCACCCAGUGUGCCCCAUGGACCGACCAGUAACGGCCAUAGUAGUGACCAUAGUGGCAGCGGCCGUCGUGCUGUUAUGUCCGAAGAGGCUAAAGCCACCAUCUUGCACCUGCGUGAGAGCCUUGUGAGGCAGAAAGAAACCAUCCUGGACCAGCGGGAGACCAUCAGAGAGCUGACUGCCAAGCUCACCCUGUGCGAAGGCUUUGGGGGUCACCACAGCACUGGUCACCACGACACCCACGACAACCAUCACGACAACGGCCACAACAACCACCACGACAAGCACGACAGCCACCACGACAGCCACCACGACGACCACCACGGUCGCCACGGCAGCCCUCACGGACCCUCAUCAUUACACCACGGGCCCUCAACACACCACAGUGGGGAUAACCACUACUCCCACGGCAGCCACAGGCCAGACCCCCAUCCCAGGAAGGGUUCCUCGCACAGCAAACACAGCUCCUUUUCUCCAGAACAGACCGGAAAGACCCUGCAGACACUGAAAGAAAGGCUGGAGAACCUACAGGCCAGGAACUCUUCCAGUUCCUACUCCAGCUCCCUGAGAGAGCUCCUCCAGCGAAAGAUCAACGCCCUCGAGGAGCAGCUGCACACAUACUACAGAGAUCACCAUAACUACGGUCAACAUAACGACCACCACGGAGACCAUCAUGAUAAUCAUGAUAACCACGAUGACCACCAUGGCCCCGGCCACCAUGAUGACCAUCAUGACGAUCACCAUGACGAUCACCAUGAUGAUCACCAUGAUGAUCACCAUGACGGUCAUCAUGGUACUGGCCACCAUGACGACCACCACGGGGACCCCCACAGUAAUGGACACCACGAAGACCACCACAAUAGUCACCAUAGCAACCAUCAUGGCAGCAACAGAUACAACCACCAGAGCAGUCUGCACAGCCGGCAUAACAACCACCAUUAUGACGGCCAUGACAGGCACCACGGCCGGCAUUACGGACACUACAGCGGCCAUCACAGCGGCCACCAUGACGACCACCACAAUGACCAUCACAACGACCAUCACAGCACUCACCAUGACGACCAUCACAACGACCAUCACAGCGCUCACCAUGACGACCAUCACAGCGACCAUCACGAUGACCACCAUGACGAUCACCAUGGCGGCGGUCACCACGAUGACCACCAUGACUCUCACCACCUGCCCGGGAGCCAUGACAACCACCACGACGAUCACCACGACGACCACCAUGGAAAUGACAACCGUCGUAACCGUAACGACAAUGACCAUCAUCCACAUCGGCCACCUCACAGUGGCAAAGACAGCGGUCUGCACGGCGCUGGACACAGCAAGCUGGAGACCGUUUUCAGCAACCUGCACCACACCAGCGACCAUGGAAACAACAAGAAGCUUAAGAGUCCCAGCGCUUUCCUGCUUGACUUCCCCAUGAGGACUAAUUACAUGUACGCUAGGAUGAAGCGGUCGGUGGUCAACGAAAUCUUCGCUUUGACCAUCUGUCUGUGGCUGAAGCCGGGGGAAGGUCCGGGCCUUGGCACCCCCUUUUCCUACGCUGUGUCUGGGCAGGCUAAUGAGCUGGUGCUUAUGGAAUGGGGCAGCAACCCCAUGGAGCUGCUGAUUAAUGACAAGGCGGUGACACUGCCCAUAACCAUGACUGAUGGAAAGUGGCAUCAUGUCUGUAUAACGUGGUCGACGCGAGAUGGUGUCUGGGAAGCUUACCAGGACGGAGUGAAGAAAGGUUCCGGUCAAAACCUGUCUGCUUGGCACCCCAUCAAACCCGGGGGGAUCUUCAUCCUGGGCCAGGAGCAGGACACAAUGGGAGGUCGCUUCGACAUCACUCAGUCAUUCACGGGAGAGAUGGCAGACCUCCAGUUCUGGUCCAGAGUCCUCACGGCCAGCGAGAUCCACGCACAGGCGACGUGUGGAGGCCAUCUAGUCGGUGAUGUCAUGUCAUGGUCUGAAGAAUGGGUGGAGCUUCACGGAGGGCUGACUGAACUUCCUUUUGACCCCUGCCACUAAAGAUAGCCAGGGUGAAAAAGAAGAUGAAUACUCAGAGGCAAAGCUGUAGGAUCAUGUGAUUAAAUGCCUGUGUCGAAAAUAGACGGAGAGCAGAAAAUACAUGUUGGUCAUGCAUCCAGGAUGAGGCCACCAAUUUCCUUUUCUCUGGAUUUUCAUGGUACCACCCUACAGAACCUGACGACCCACGCUCGGCCAUAAGCGACUUGCAGAGCCGGAAGUUUUGUUGUUUUUUUUCCUCAAUUUCUGUUUUGUUUUUGUUUUUUUUCGUUUACUUUCUCAUUUUUAUUUUUUUUGCCAUUCCUGUCUGAUCUUUUCUGCCUUCUCCACCUACACCCUCACUUCCAUUGCUUUCUGCAGAACAGCUUUAAAAGCUCCAAAGAGCACGGAGCUUUGGAUUUUCUGCCUAUGUGCUCAUGACUACGGCUGCAUGGAGGGAUCCAACACACGUAAUAGGAUUUCCUUUCACCAGAACAGCUUGAGACCUUGCUGGUUGUCAGUAACUAGCUCGCUGUGAUCAAC